AUGCAUAUCUAUGCCUCUUGUGGGGUGUGGAAAUUUGAUCCCUGUAAAGGAUGGAGAUUUGCUUUUGAUAAGGAAAAAGGAGGAAGAGUACUUGCUGUGGAAUUGACAAGUUCCUUUGAAGAUCUAAGGACUACGGCUUUUGAGGAUUUUGGCAUUGACCAAAAUGAUGUCGAGCUUGAGUUAAGCUACUUACCUAUGGAGUUAAUCAGUACGAUAGACUGUCCUCCAGUUAUCAUUGGGAAUGAUCGGCAAGUCAAGAAUUUUCUUACAUAUGUACGUGGAAAAGCUUCGUCAAGGUUGUGUGUGUCUAUUUCACAUGUCAAUGCAAACAACGACAACAUUGAGCUUGAUAAGGAGCAAUCUAACGCGUCUGGCAGAGAGCGACGUGAGCCUCCCUCCGUUUCACCUGGAGAUGACAUUGGUAGUUCUUCUCAAUCGAGCAAGGAUGGUGAAGACGAAUGUAACUUGAACGCCUUGAAAGAAAAUGAAGAUGUUGACUUAAGUGGAAAAGAAGAGGAUAGGGGAAAAAGUGUUCGGUUCUCUUUGAAGCAUGUUGUGAAGACGGGUGAAACGUUUCAAAAAAAAUCUAAGUUAAAAGCAGCAUUGGAAAUGUCAGCAAUGAAGAAUAACUUCGAUUACAAAGUUGUGAAUUCAGAUAGAAAACUUUGGUACAUCCGAUGCGUGGACAAUAAGUGUAGGUGGAGUGUUCGUGCUGAGGGGUUAUCAAGAUCUACAUAUUUUAUCAUCAAAAAAUAUGUGGCGGAUCAUACAUGUGCUGCGUCAAAUAUGAAUAAUGGUGGUCGGACAGCUUCUGCAAAAACUAUUGGGAGUCUAAUAAUGCAUAGGUAUGAUGGUGUCAAAGAAGGUCCCAAAGCUAAUGAUAUCAUACAGAUUAUGAGAAUGGAACAUGGAUGCGAGAUAUCGAAAUCAUUAGCGUGGGACGCUAGUGAGUAUGCGAUUAAUCUGGUUAGAGGCAUUCCCGAGCAGAGUUUUGGAAAAAUUCUGAAAUACUUGCACAUGCUGAAAGAAGCUAAUCCAGGAACACACACCUUUUACGAAACCGAUGUUGAUGGUAAAUUCAGAUUUCUCUUUCUUUCGUUUGGGCAAUCAAGCAAAUACAAAGGAGUAUUACUUGUUGCGACAGCUUUAGAUGGAAACUCCAACUUGUAUCCUAUUGCAUUUGCUGUUGUGGACUCGGAAAAUGAUCGUUCAUGGGAUUGGUUUUUCAGACAACUAAAGGUUGUUGUUCCGGACGAGCGUGCUCUUGCCUUUGUGUCGGACAGAAAUAACUCACUUUGUAAGGGGCUUGAGAAUGUGUAUCCUCUUUCUCAACAUGGAAUUUGUAUUCACCAUUUGUUAAAUAAUGUGGUCACACAUUACAGAGGAAAAGGAGUGGUUGGAUUGAUUGCAAAAGCUUCUAAAGCUUAUAGAGUUGUUGAUUUUCAGAAGCGAUUCGAAGCUGUGUGUAAUAUUAGUCCAGCUAUUGGAGAAUAUUUAACAGAUGCAGAUGUUACAAAGUGGGAUCGCUGUCAGUUUCAAGGAUACAGGUAUGACAUCAGGAUGACAAACCCGGCUGAGUCAAUAAACUCUGCUUUGCGUUCACCAAGAGAGUAUCCAGUCAUUCCUUUGUUGGAUAGCAUUAGAGAAAUGCUUACCCGUUGGUUCUUCGAACGACGCACACGAAGCAGGAAGCACACAAUGCCAUUAACUAUUGCCAUCAAGAAAAAGAUAGAUAGACGGAUUAACAAGGGUAAAACGUUUCUUGUCCAGCCAGUUAACGAGCAUCAUUUUUUGGUUCGUGGAGAUACAAUCGACUGCCUGGUUGAUUUGGACAGAAGAACCUGCUCUUGCAGGAAAUAUGACAUACUGAAAAUCCCAUGUAGACACGCAAUCAAGGCUGGUUUAACAGUUGGCCGAGCCCCAUCCUCACUAACGGAUUUCAUGUACACGACUUCCAAUUGGAGAACAGCUUAUGAAGAAACUAUCAAUCCAAUAGGUGUUCCUGAGGAUAGUUGGGUGGUUCCAGAUACUGUUCGGAAUGCUGAUGUGCUAGCUCCUGAAUCAAGACGAGUAGCAGGAAGGAGAAGAAAAUGCAGGUAUGAGACAGUUGAAGACAAGCUCCGUUCAUCGCAAGGAGCUCAAGAAAAAAAGAGGCGCAGGUGCAGUCGAUGUGGCGAAGAGAAUCAUAACAGGGCUACGUGUGACAGAGCUAUUUAG